CAGCACCACGAGAUAUGCAAACUGGCAAAUCAAAUCUACGCCAGAUUUCCUGGUGCGGAGAAAAUAAUGGCAGUUAAAACCAACGCGACCAACCGCUGAUCACAUAGAAACGGUCUUCUCACAGCUCAACUGGACUGGAAUAAGGGCUUCGAUCUUCAUCUUCACCCUCACCCUCACCCUUAUUCUCCUCUCUCCAGCGUCAUGGUCAACCUGGAGCAUCGUGCUCGAAGCUUCUUCCUCCAGUGUCGAGCUUCUGUACAAUCAUCUCACCUUUGCCGUUACCCUUCCACUCACUCAUUCACGCGCAGAGCCUUGUCAGUUUCUGCACCCCUCCGAGAAGAUCUAUCCGGGCAGAAGCCUUACUAUGUGACAUCUCCCAUAUUUUAUGUCAAUGCAGCUCCCCACGCUGGCCACCUAUACACUCUAGUCCUCACCGAUGUGCUCAAGAGAUGGAACAAGCUGUUGGGAAACCAUAAGGCUACCCUCCUGACAGGGACCGACGAGCAUGGCAUGAAGAUUCAGAAAGCUGCUGAAAAGGCAAAUGUUGAUGCCCAGACUUUAUGCGACCAGAAUUCCCAACAAUUCAAAUCCCUGUGUCAGGUCGCAAACAUUGACUAUGAUCGCUUUAUUCGGACGACCGACUCGGACCACAAAGCUGCCGUUGACCAUUUCUGGCGCGAGCUGAAUCAUGCUGGCUACAUCUAUGAGUCCAAACAUGAAGGUUGGUAUUCCGUCAGCGACGAAACAUUUUAUCCUGAAUCUCAAAUCCGCCAUGUCCUGGACCCUUCGACUGGCAAGACCAAGUAUGUCUCUGCUGAGACUGGCAAGGAUGUCGAGUGGACAAUGGAAACAAAUUAUCACUUCAAGCUCUCUCAAUUUCAGGAUCGCCUACUCCAACACUAUCGUGAGCACCCCGAUGCCAUCGUGCCCCAGCAACGCAUGAACUACAUCAUGAAAGAAAUCCAGUCCGGCCUCAAAGACCUCUCCAUAUCUCGUCCAUCGUGGCGCCUGAAUUGGGGCAUCCGCGUCCCAGGAGACGACAGUCAGACCGUCUAUGUCUGGCUGGAUGCUCUUCUCAACUACAUUACCAUGGCCGGAUACCCCCUCAAAGACACAAAAAGCCCCGAUAGCAUUUGGCCGCCAGACUGUCAGGUCAUUGGCAAAGACAUUAUCCGCUUCCAUACAAUCUACUGGCCCGCCUUCUUGAUGGCUCUCAACUUGCCCCUCCCAAAGCGAUUUCUCACCCACGCUCAUUGGACUAUGAACUCGGAGAAGAUGUCCAAGUCGACUGGAAACGUCGUCAAUCCCUUCUAUGCCAUUGAAAGAUUCGGUGUAGACCCUAUUCGCUUCUACAUGGUUCACGAAGGAGGCAUCGUUGAUGAUGCCAGUUAUGACAACCAGUACAUUGCGGAAAAUUACAAUACUAUCUUGAGGAACAACAUGGGAAAUUUGUUAUCCCGAGUCUUCUACAGUCAACGUUUCGGCGUCCGAGAAGCAGUUCAGUUGUUUGCCAACGACACGGGGUUCAAAGUAGACAUGGCGUACAACGAACCUCCUGAAUGGGCCAGAAACAAGCAUGCCUCUCUUAUGUCGGGCAUCAUUGCUCACCGCGAACUCCUUGCCACGACUGCCGACCAAGCUCGCGCUGCAAUGGAUAUCCCUAACCCUCGGGUCGCCGUCCAAGGCAUUGCACAAGUGAUAUCGCUGACAAACAAAUUCUUCCAUAAUUCGAUUCCGUGGAAGUACUGCCAGAGUAAAGACGCUAAACUGCGUCGCCUGGCCCAAAUGACUGUAUAUCUCAGCGCUGAGUCGGUCCGGAUUGUCUCGAUCCUGCUACAACCAUUCAUGCCAGGGCAGAUGCAAAAGGCUCUGGAUAUGAUGGGAGUUCUCGAGUCAAAUCGAACCUUUCAAUAUGCCCGGUUGGGAGCAGACCUUGACUAUGGGACCGAAGCGUUUGCCCCAACCCCCGAAACGCCACGGGCACCGGAAUUAUUCCCUAAGCUCGUUUCCUCCUUUUAAGUCCUGAAUCAAUAUAAGAGGGAACCUUGGCCAUUCGUGGUCAAUAAAGAAGAUGAAAACGGCUUUGUUCGAACAGCCAAUGUUAUCCUACACGCUAUGAAUCUCACAGAUAUACGAGAUCUAGACUAGACUGUCGUUCUAUUGACGACGCGGUCCAUGUACAAUAAAAUCUCCUACGCACUCGUUCCUGCCAAUUGAUGGUUCCCAUUUCUCUUCAAGUCAGGUCACGAGUCACAAUAUCCCGGAGCCUUUGCCGCACUGCCUUCAACCCAUUGCUGGACGGUCAGAACAGUGGUGUACACACAAGCCACCAGACCAAAGAUGGCAACGACGUAAUCCAGAGUUCGCUGCCAGUGGGUGCGGGCCACAGCUUUGAGAUGCAACAUAGGAGGGUAGAUGUAGACCAGCGGGAUACAGGCAAAGCUUCCCACCAAAGCCACAAACUUGUCGAGGUCACCGGCACCACCCCAUGCGAUCAAGGCGCAGACCACGACAAGGAAGAAGCGGAACACGUUCUUCUGCCACUUGAUAUAAGGGUUGUAUUUCCCAGAACGGCUGAAUAG